UGAGCAGAAAGAUAAAAGGAUCAGAUCAGGAUCAGGAUGGUGAGAGGUGGCGGUACGCGAUCAGAGCAGGGCCUAUCUGCGCAGGACAAGGCCGAAUUGGUGCUGCUUCACGCAUCAGGCCUGACCGGCAGUCAAACGGCCCUCGAGUUCCACACUCGGCACCCUGACAAGCCGCUUCCUGACCGCUCGACGGUCGGAACUCUCCACGACAAGUUCAGACGUACCGGCUCCGUGUCCAGUCGAACCAGAAUCAUGUCGGCGUUCAAGUCUCGACUGGGCGUGUCGGAGGUGACAGACAACAAGAGCAACCUGGGCCGCGCUCUGGUGGCCGAGUUGGUCGGCAACUUUGUGCUCAACUUCUUCGGCUGCCUGUCAGUGCUCGACCUCAACCAGGCGGCCAACUCCAAUGCGGCGCCUAACAUCGUUGUCAUUGCCCUCUCCUUUGGGCUGGCCAUCAUGGCUUGUGUGCAGUCAUUGGGUCACGUGAGUGGUGCACACAUCAACCCAGCUGUGACGUUUGGCUUCAUGGUGACUGGAAAAGUGACUAUUAUCAGAGCACUGCUUUACAUCGUUGCACAGUGCCUUGGAGCGAUCGGUGGAUCUGCAGCACUCAAGGCCCUGACACCUCCCGCAUACGCAGAGAGCGGCCUCGGUAUGACCACCAUCAACGAGGCGAGUGGCCUGACAGCCGUGCAGGGAUUCGGAAUCGAGUUCUUCCUCGGAUUCAUCCUGGUUCUGGUCGUGUUUGGAGUCUGCGACCCGAACAAGGCUGACCUCAAAGCGCCGGCUGCUGUUAUCAUUGGACUCACUGUUGCUCUUGGACAUCUUGGUGCUAUUGAUUACACUGGCUCAAGCAUGAACCCCGCUCGUACAUUCGGCUCUGCAGUCAUUGCCAACAUCUGGAAGAAUCACUGGGUGUACUGGGCAGGGCCGAGCCUUGGGGGCAUUGCUGCCGCCCUGCUCUACACACACGUGUUCGCCGCCCCCACCAAGGGUGAGUACAGCCCCGUUCAGGUCGAGGAGAAAGAGCUUAAACGCCUGGACGGCAAGAAUGACGACGGCGUUGCCUGAUUGCCGUUCACUGUGGGACAGUCCAACAUAGAAGGCAUCAGUCCUCGCCUUCAGAAUCUGAAACUAUUCAGACCCAAACUGCCCCCAGUAGCCCCAUCAUAACACUUCCCAACAUGAAUCGACCUCCAGGGUUGCUCUGCAUGUCGUGCAUCGUGUGACUGAUUCUAUUAUGCUUUACUGAUGCGGACAAUUUCAAGAAAUUAAUCUGUUUAUAGAAUCGAUUAUUACUAUAAAACUUGUAAUGUGUAUUUGGUUGUGUGCAUCUUAUAGCCUUCAGGGUUAAAGACUCUUCAACUUGUGUGGCUGAUAUCAACUUCAAAACCGUGAACAUGUUGAAAAUAAUAAAUUUAUCAAUUUGAUAGAUGAAACAAUUUAUCAAAUCCAUUUAAAUGUUGUGGGGGAAAUUGAUUAAGUACAAAAACUGUUAGUCAUGCGAAACACUGAUAAGCCAUGUCCACACUGAACAAAUGCUCGACAUACAUGUUUGUUGAGGAGCUCAGGGACAAACAUUUUAAAAAGUUUGGACAAUCAUUGUUUUUCAAACAAAAAAUUGCUGUUUUCCAAACAUUUUCAGUGUUUGCUGUGAAACAUAAAAACCUGUUCUCCCCACUUACAAUAUUUUGUUCGGUGACGCGUCCACACUGGCCACGGGCAUUGUUUGCCAAAUAUAAUAAAAUUUGCCCAAACUGUUUCAACAAACAUGUUUGUUAAAUAUUUGUCCAGUGUGGACACGGCUUUAGAAUAUACCUAUGCUGGAACUCAACCGUUAGUUCCAACAUUAUAAAGGUUUACAGAAACUUAUUUACAAAUUCAAAAACUUUUCUAUUGGAAUAAUAAUUUGUGUUAUUUUUUUAAAUCGACUUUACUUUGUAUUCUGAUGUAAUUCACAACAAAAAGCGUGAAUGCACAGUGAUGAACUUCAAAAUCAAUGAUUGUAUAACAUAGAAUUAUGUUAAGUCUAUAAAAUUAUGUACCAUAUAUUUUUGCGUCGAGUUGACUAGUUUAAAUUUUCCUAGAAUGGUAAACAGGACCAAAACUUUGUGUUCUUAGAAAUCUAGUUUUAUUCUUAUGUCUGCUAUUCAAUAAGGACAAUAAAUUCAAUAGAUGUAGUCUUAUUGAUUUAUUAUAGAGAUUUUGUAGUUGUCAAGAAAAUUUAUAUAGAGUUUUUGAAAUAGAUUAUUGAUUAAUGAAUUUUCACAUUAUUAUCAUACGUUGUGAAGCCUAGAAGUUUCAAAGAUCAAUUGAGAUUAAUCAGAAACUUAAAAUAGAAAAUUUUGUAAUGUUGAAAUAGACUUAUCUAUUCAUAAUUCAUAUAUUCAUGUUGUCAGAUAUCAUAUUACUGAAUAGUUCAAAUUUCUGAUGAUUAAUUGAUUAAUGUCUUGAUAGAUUAAUUGAUUAGACAAAAAAGUAUUUUUCUACUACUGUACUAUGAAAACUUAUUUAAUCAAUAUUUAAGCAUACGUUAACACAGUAUUUACUAUAGAAUUACAUCACAAAAACACAUAUUUUAGAGAACACUAAUUAGAAAAAAACCAAGAUACAUUUAGAUCUCAUUUCAAUCAAACCAUUGCGCUACUGGGGUUUGGGUCACUGAAUUAAUUUUUUGUUUUUUGGAUUUGACAUAAAUGUACCGUGCUAUGUGUCACCCAAAUCCAAAAAUUAUCGCAUCCUUGUAUUGUAAGAUGCAGCAAACAAUUUAGUAUUGAUAAGAGUUAGUUUUAAAUGAAGCUUAAGAUUAGUUUCUAAUGAAUUUUGUGUAUAAUUUGUUGUCCUAUUUAUUUGACAGUACAUUAAUUAUUUUUCCUUUGACAAUAUAAAAAUUGAGCUCUAAUAAUGAAUGUUAUUUAGGUUUACUUGACAGAGUUUUAUAUUGUUUUCAGCCUUUAUUAACUGCCAUUUAAAAUUGAAUAUUAGGCUUAGUGUUUGUUAACUGAAUGUUAAGACUCUAAAAUCAUAAUCUUCAAGCUAUAAUAAUAAUAAUAAUUUGUCCCCGAUUAUAAAGAUGGAUGGAGGAAUCAAAUUUACUGAGCUUUGUACUAUAGACACAUUAUCAAAAUUGAUAGAAAUUUUAAUUAUUAUAGCCCAAGUAACCAAAGUAAGUGAACAAUAUGCGAUUAUUUAUAAUCUUAAUUCAUUAAUUCAACACAUUUUGUUCUUAUUAUAGAAACUAAGAAUACAUAUUGGACUAGUUAUUUUCAAUUACAAUAACUUCAUACAUAAUAAUAUUUAUAAUGUGAUCACCAGAGAUGGAUAAUGUUAUUUCCAAUACUUCAAAUUCAAUUCUGUACAUCUUAGUCGAGAUGACAUGUAUGCACCUCUUUCAUACUGUUUUAAUAAAUAAGUUUGGAAAAUG